GUCGAGACAGACAUCAUCGGAGUGCGGCACGGGUGCAUACAGAGAGGCUAGAGAAGAAGAGAGGAGUGAGGUGCAGCCAAGAGAAAAGAGAUGGAGACCAAGGCGGCAAGGUGCCUCUGCUUGCUGGCGAUGCUCCUGGUGGCCGGGCUCGGGGCGGCGCGCGGCGCCGGGGAGUGCGGCCGCGUGCCGGCGGACAGGAUGGCGCUCAAGCUGGCGCCGUGCGCGGCGGCCACGCAGAACCCCCGGGCCGCGGUGGCGCCCGGCUGCUGCGCGCAGAUACGCAGCAUCGGGCGCAGCCCCAAGUGCCUGUGCGCCGUCAUGCUGUCCAGCACCGCGCGCCAGGCCGGCGUCAAGCCCGCCGUCGCCAUGACCAUCCCCAAGCGCUGCGCCAUCGCCAACCGCCCCAUCGGCUACAAAUGCGGCCCAUACACCCUGCCAUGAGGAGCAGAUGUGGUGGAACUGGAAGAUCUUUCCAACUCUUGGAACUUCUGGAAGAGCAGAUGGGACACACCUGAUGCCAUCUUUGCCAUGUGGAACUUUUACUUGAAUCUUUUAUGAAUAAAUAAUGUGGUUGUAAUGCCUCUGUUGGAAUAAUAUAAAGUACCUCUGCAAAUCUUACGGUA